GAAAUACACUUUUAGUAUGUACGGUACAAGUUGCCGCUAAUCCGAAUUUCCAUCAUGUCUAAUCGAAAAUCUUCAUACAAGUUACCCCCCACGCUCUUGACGGACAAGCUUCAAUCCCAAGAGGCCAGGCGUAGUAAGGCUUUGGAGGAGCAGAAACGUCGACGUGCACAGAAAUUUGACUCUUCUAGAGGGCUUGACUCGUUUGCCAAUCUCAAUCUUGGCCCUUCAGAUGAUGAAGGUGAUGAAGUAUUUGAUGAGGGCGCUGAAGUAAUUCGCGAAGGCGUAGCGAAUUUUGCCUCGAUGAUACACACUUCAAAUGCCUCAGAAGCGCCCCAAAACACCGUGACGACCAAGGAAGCGGAGAAAGAGAGCAAGAAGCAGGCGAAGAGUAGGCGAAGGCGGAAGAAGGCAAAACCAAGUAAAUGGGCGGACAAGUGUAUGUAUGCGGAACUUCUGGAGAUGAACGAAGACGAUAUUUGGGGCAACAAUAACAAUAGUGGACCUGAUGGUCUCCCUACAGACCUUGAGACUGGAUGGGUGGCGGUAGCCCCUGUUCCAGUGGGCAAGCGUUGUCUGGCAAUCACCCACCAAUCUGCUGGAGUCGUUGGAAUAUCCCCCAACACAACGCUACGUUCUCGACUUCUUGGUAAAUUGCUCAUGCCACGCUUUCCUUCCUCCCUCCCACCAUUGACAAUCCUUGACUGCAUAUUGGAUCCUAAUUGGAGGGAUAAUGGUAUAUUACACGUACUUGAUGUACUGAAAUGGAAGGGUCAAGAUGUGGGGGAUUGUGAAACACCUUUCAGGUUAUGGUGGAGGGACAUGCGGCUGGAUGAAUUACCAAAGUAUUCAGCCCCAUCUACUUUUACGUUUUCAAGCCCAUCGAGUAAUAACCAAUCAACCGACACCAUUUCUGAGACUCAAUCCACCUCAGAUCAGCAUUAUCAUUUUCCAUACCCAACAUCAUUUGUUCCUAUACCUUACCACACCAAUACGACAUUACCAUCCCUAUCUUCUUAUGUCAUCCCUCUCGCUCGUUCCUCUCGGCUUGUCGCUGUGGAUAUUCCUAAUGCCUCAAACCCCCUUGUGCCGAAUACUAUGGAAGUCGACUCCCCCGGGUCAAACAAUAUUAUACCAUCGCAGGUUGUUACCCCAAGUUCUGCACACGUGGAAUCAGAUGGUCUUCUUCUCUAUGUAUCUCAAGCAACUUAUGAACCGGGGACCAGUCCACUAAGUUGCUGGAUACCUAAUAAACAUUACAGUGAAGUUCCAAGGGAUCAAAGCCCCGCCGCAAGCACAAGAGAAAUCCCUUUGGAUCUGUUUGAAAAGCUUAUUCAACGGCGCCUAGCGAAAGGGCAACAAGUAAACCAAGAGGUGGUCCCUACGGACAUGGAGAUGGCGUGAUAUGGUUUCACACACAGUGGAAUGAAUAUCUCAAUAACCAACGCUACAUAUACAGCUGUAAAAACUUAUGUGAACAUUUAGGGAGAAAAUCCUCAGCUGGACGAAACCAACUUCAUUGAGUGAGUCAUGUACCUAUGGGGGAAAAUCUAUGUACAAUAUAUGAUAGAGAGAUAAAAAUGAGAUAAACAUG